CCAGCUUCACUCAGUUCUCGCCCAGCUCUGGAGAGCGUCGAUCGGCCACGGCAACGCGUACUUAGGUGAAAAUUAUUUUCAAAGCUUUUGCUAAUUGAGAUUUUAAACAUAGCUCUGACGGAAUUGCAACAGAGCAGUAACCCCAGGUGAAAGAGAACCUUUUGACACUCAGUGACGGGGAUCAAGUUCCAAACAAUAUUUGCUAAAAACUUCUCCUGAUUCUUAAAACUAACUUACUUGAUCACGCUUAAAAGAAUCAAGCAAAAAAAAAAUCGAAAGAGAAAGGGAGCCAGAGGACAUAGCUGGCCACCUGAAAUGAUUCUUUUAAAAACCGUGUCCAUACAAGUCAUGAUCCAUUUCUGGUUAACGACAGUGCUGCUGAUGCCAACGUUGAUUUAUAGUCAUGGGCAUCAUGGCAGCGGGAAAAACAGUGCCAUGGCUUUGACUGAGCUCGCUAGGGGUGCGAAACUGGUUAUGGAAAAUCACUCUGGUGACGUGAUAGUGCGUCCAGCACGUGAAGCUGAAACGGACAAGUUGGCUACAUUGCCUGUAACUGCUACAGUUGGUGGUAUUAGCGGUGGAAAUAAACGUGCAAGAAACAACAAAAAAGCGAACAAGCCGCACAAUCAGAUGCAGCGCGCAGAUGCAGCAGGUUCUCGCAAGCCAAGCUUAAAGAAAUCAUCUUUACACACAGGUAAGGAUGUACUGUCGGUGCAGCCGCGACAUUUGCAAAAGCCUAAGAAUGAGGAACAUCAGCAUCGUGCAGGCAAAAGAUCGGGAGCAAGAACAAAGGCGACACAAAAUGCACCAACUUGUCGUUAUGCAAAGAGUUCAUGGACGGACUGUGAUGUUAAAACUAACAUGCGCACACGUACUCUAUCUUUGAAAAGGGGCGAGUCCCACUGUCUACCCACUCGGACCAUACAGAAAAAGUGCAAAAAAGCUUGCCGGUAUGAAAAGGGACCCUGGUCAGAAUGUAUAGAUGGACAAAUGACACGUGAGGAGAAAUUAAAGGCAUCUGAAGAUGACACUCAACAGAGCUGCAACCUCGUUCGCAUCAAUAACAAAAAGUGCAAUCCUAGUGCUAUAGACAAAAAUACAGCAGGCGGCGUUCGCUCUACCAAGGUGCGUAAGCACAAGGAGAAAGGUACCCGCCAGACACCGUCUCCAGUUUAAUCGGUGAAAUGGGUAAGGUAUAUAAAAAAACAACAAUGUAUUUAGCAACAGCACAAAAUAUUUGUAGCGUUAAGUAUAAAAAUGGUUAAUUUAAAGUUCGGCCCGCGUUUAGCAGGCAUAUUAUAUAUUUUAUAUAUACUUUAAAA